AGUCCAACGCCGUCGUCUUCGCCAACAGCGUCCUCGGCUCUCGCACCCAGAAGUACCCCGACUUCCUGGACGCCUGCGUCGCGCUCACGGGCAGGGCCCCGCUGGCCGGCUGCCACCUGGACGCCGGGCGCCGGGCGCAGGUGGUCAUAUCGCUCCCGGAG